GUAGAGAAGUAUGAUGACGAAGAUUUGAUAAAACUUCCAAGGCCUUACAAAGGAACACUCAUAGUACGCGAUCCAAGGUCCAUCAUCCUUGAGCAAUGGCUUUUGGGUCAACUGGAUUGCAGAUCGCCUGGCCGUUUCCACGAAGGAGUUGGUUCGGCAAAAUCAAAAGUCAUUCGAGCUCAGAGGAUCUGCAGACUGACUAAGGAGGCAGGCAUAAACUACGUGAUAACUGCCCUAAGCGAGCAAGGUUGCAGCGGCCCCCUCCACUAUGCUUGUGUUGCAACGAGCAUUCCAGCUCGAGUUGCCAUGACUGAAGGCUUGAAGCUGUUCAAGUAUGAGGAUCUUUGGAGCGAGAGAUCUCUUAGUCUAACCAAUCUGGGACUUUGGUAUGGGCUUCAG